ACGCCACUGAGUCGUCGCCACAACUAAAUUCUCAUGUUUACUACUCUUACUACUCACUAGGAGAAGAAAAGCCACCCCAAAGAAAGCCCUAACUUACGCAGUCAACGAUCGGAGGAAGGUGAAGAACAAACCCUAAUUUUUUGUUCCACACGAUGCAACCUCAACAAACCCCGCCGGAAUCUGACUUCCCGCCAAUCGCUGCCAUCAAAAUCAGAACAUCCUCUCCACGCUUUCCCCAACCCACCACCACUUCUGCCACCAACACCCCUACGGCUAACGCCCAACGCCGGAUCGGAAUAGCAGUCGACCUAAGCGACGAAAGUGCCUUCGCCGUCAAAUGGGCGGUCCAUCACUAUCUCCGCCCAGGAGACGCUGUGAUUCUCGUUCACGUCCGCCCCACUUCCGUCCUCUACGGCGCCGACUGGGGAUCUGUCGACCUAACCAUGGUCGACGACACAACGGAGAAGCAAAAGCUGGAAGAUGACUUUGACGCCUUCACCGCCACCAAAGCCUCCGAUCUCUCACAACCAUUGGUGGAGGCACAUAUACCUUUCAAGAUCCAUAUCGUGAAGGACCACGACAUGAAGGAGAGGCUUUGCUUGGAGGUUGAGAGGCUUGGGUUGAGCGCUGUGAUCAUGGGGAGCCGUGGGUUUGGGGCGACAAGGGGUGAAAACAGUAGGCGGCUCGGGAGUGUUAGCGACUACUGCGUGCGUCACUGUGUGUGUCCGGUGGUGGUUGUGAGGUAUCCGGAGGACAGAGACGCGGAUAAUGCUGGUGGUGAUCCUGUUGUCUCGGUAGCAUCCGCUGCGGAGGAUGAGGAGGAACUCGUGUAUCAUGAUGCCACUGAUGAUAGGAAAGAAACCUAGCUGAAACUUGGGGUCGGGGUGUGUUCUCGUAAUUGCAGGUGUAGACGGCGUUGGAGUCUGCAAACCUAAAAUGACUUGUUUGAGAACUGAUUAGUCAAUCUUGAUUGUUGGAUUUAUGUCAUGUAUAUGAACAAUGUACUCACUUAUGAAUGUCAACUCUGGGAAGUUGUAUCUUGUAUGGUUGAUGAGUUUUUGUUAUAUUCAUAAUUCACCAGGUCUACCAAAAACAUCAUACUUAAUCUGUGAUAUGUUGGAUCAAUCCAUUUUAUUUAAUAUGUACUUGAUGCUCGGUUCUGUUU